AUGGAGAUGUUUCUUUAUAUGACGACACCAGAGCAGGAGUCUUGAUGGUGUUUUUUAGAGAGCUGAAAGCUGCAGAUGAAGGAACAUACAGGUGUGGAGUGAAAGUAUCUGACUAUACUGAGAGAUUCACUGAGAUACAGCUGAGCGUCAGACACGAUGAAAAAUAUCCAAAGAGUGUGACUGAAUCUGUGUAUCUUGGUGGAGAAGUCAACAUCACCUGUCAGAUUCCAGAGCAAAAUCAAGUUCAUUUCUGCAAAGAGGAUGAUAAUCACAUCUGCCAAAGCAUCGGCUCAUCUAAAGUGACAGAAAUGAGUGGUUCAUCAGAGAGAAAUGAAGAGAGAGUUGUUACAGUGAGCAUCAGUAAUGUGAGUGUGAGAGAUGCUGGAGUUUACUGGUGUGGAGCAGAAACCAGAGACACAGAUCUGACUUUCAUCUCCCUGAACACUCAAAUUCAGCUCAACCUCAUCACUAAAGUGGGCGUGUCUAGAGUGAACGGCUCCUCAGGAGGUGGUUUGAUGAUCAAGUGUGAACAUCCUCAAUACAAAACCAACCCAAAAUACAUCUGUAAAGAACCAGACGGAUGUUCAGAGAGGAAGAAUCAUGGAGUUCAGGGUGAAUGGAUGGAUAAUGGAGAUGUUUCUUUAUAUGACGACACCAGAGCAGGAGUCUUGAUGGUGUUUUUUAGAGAGCUGAAAGCUGCAGAUGAAGGAACAUACAGGUGUGGAGUGAAAGUAUCUGACUAUACUGAGAGCUUCACUGAGAUACAGCUGAGCAUCAGACACGAUGUAAACUAUCCAAAGCGUGUGACUGAAUCUGUGUAUCUUGGUGGAGAAGUCAACAUCAUCUGCCGGAUCCCAAAGAAGCAUAAAGUUCAUUUCUGCAAAGAGGAUGAUAAUCACAUCUGUCAAAGCAUCGUCUCAUCUAAAGUGACAGAAAUGAGUGGUUCAUCAGAGAGAAAUGAAGAGAGAGUUGUUACAGUGAGCAUCAGUAAUGUGAGUGUGAGAGAUGCUGGAGUUUACUGGUGUGGAGCAGAAACCAGAGACACAGAUCUGACUUUCAUCUCCCUGAACACUCAAAUUCAGCUCAACCUCAUCAUGGCUCCAGUAGUGAGAGAUGAAGGAGACUCAGCUGAGAUCAUCUGUCCUUAUGAUUCAAUCUAUAAAUCAAAGCCAAAGUCUCUCUGUAAGGGGAAGUGCUCCACUAGAGACAGAAAUCCUCUCAGUGAGACUGUGAGAGAAGAGAAAGAGACCAAGACUGGCAGAUUGACUCUGAAUGAUGACGUCACUGCAGGUGUCUUCACUGGGACCAUCACUGGACUGACAGCAGAGGAUGCUGGGAAAUACUGGUGUGCAGUGACAUUAGAAACAGAGCUCAAUUAUCUUUACACUCAUCUGAUCGUCAUCAUGAACGAGGAGCUGAACUUGACUAAGUAUGAAGGAGACGACGUGUCAAUCCAGUGCAAACAUCAUGAUGAAGAUCAGAAACGCUUCUGCAAAGCACAUGAAGCCUCCAUGUGUGUGAAGGAUGGAGUUUCAUUGGAGACGAUCAGAGAUGAUCGAUUCUCUUUCAGUGAUGAAGCAUCUACUGGAGUCUUUACUGUGAACAUUACUGAUCUGAGAGAAGAGGAUUCUGGGAUAUACUGGUGUGGAGCCCACAUCAUCACUAAAGUGCUUUUAAAUGUCAAAAAGGGUACAUUAACUUAAUUUAAUCAACGUAUUUGAUUCACUCGCAAGACUACAUAUAUUCAAACAGAAACAAAAUACCAAUAAUACAAUCAGUAUUUUUUUUCUUUGUUAUUACUUGUACUU